AUGGCAAGUCAACUACUACGAAAGUCUGAUAUAGUAUCAGUUGCCGGUAUAGCAUCAAUUGUUCCGUCCAAAAUGGUCAAGAAACGUCGUCUCUCUGCUCCGGCAGGACCAUCCCCUUCACCUCCAGGCGCAGCUGUUUCUAGCUCCGAAACAACUACAACAGACACUCCAUCUCCUCCAACGUCCUCAAGUACAUCUAUCGAUGCAAAACUAUUCGAACGGGCCGAGAAGCUCGCACGCAUGACUAUGGAGCUCAAAAUCCACAAGGUCAUGAUGCAAACAAACGAUCUAGCUCGCGGGUACCAAGAACUAACUCGCAAGAUGGAAUCCAACGAAUCUUUCCACAAACAGCACCAAGAACGCAUGGAGAAGAUUCGAAGCGACAUUCUAUCUACCAAGGAGAAUUUACAAAAGCAUCUGCAGUCUACGGCAGGAGAUGGACUCGACUUAAGGGAGUAUCAGAAGGAGGUCGUUGCGGUCAAGAGUUCCAUGAGCGACGUUAGAACCCUUGUGGACGAACUGGUUGACAAGGUCGAUCAGCUGCCGACUUUGGCGGAAGCGAAAGCCGUUUUGGCGGGCGUGACUGCCCAGAGGGAGGCGUGUGAAGCAGCUGCCGCGGUUUGUGAGGACCACACGGCGCUACGAACCGGUCAGUUUACACUCGAUUUUUAUGAUGUGGUGUUAACUAGUCUAGAAUUCUGUCACAAGUCCAUACAGACGCGCAUUCAGGAGACUAUCAAGUCUACGCGUCGGUGGCACCACGAUCACAAGUCGACGACGCUGGAUGACGGGAAGUUCACGGCGAAUUAUCUGAAGAAGCAAUCUAAGCGGGAUCCGCGUAUGGCUGUGUAUAUACAAAAGGCGUUGCAUAGGCGGAUUAGGCGGCGGGGAAGGGCGUCUACGCCGGAGCCGCGGUCGCUGGAGGAGUUUUGUAGGGAUGUUAGUUGGGAGGAUGUUACGAGGACGGUGGAGGAUGUACUUGUGAGGCGGGUGGAGGCUACGGUGCGGUCGUUGAGUCAGAGUUCAAGAGAGUUGCCGUGA